UGGCAAUAGCUGCCAUCGGCUGUCACUGUCAAUGUGUUGUUUUUAAUUUUGUACUUAAAAUGUAAAAAAACUUAAGAUUACUGUUAUACUAUGAGUAUAUUUGACUGAAUUAAUAAACAUUUUAUUAAGAACAAAAGUUUUUGACGACUUUUAUUGCGAAAUUGUGUUUGCCGGCUAAUUUGAGUUUGAGGUUAACUUGGUAUUUGUGGCAACAUGAAUAACAAUUGGAACGUAAAUAAUAGUGACCGCAGGGGAUGGGGACAGAGAGGAAGGGGACGGAGAAGGGGAGCGGGUGGUUCUUGGCCGAGAAAUGACUCUCGUGAUCAACAACAUGGGAAUCAAAAUCGUGGCUUUCGCGGUGGAAGGGGUGGUUUUGGCAAAACAUGGAAAAAGCCAUCCAGAGAUAGCCCAGGUAAGAGGCUGUCGGAGGAUGAGAUUGGUGUGACAGAAUACAUGAGUGAUCACAAAGGAUUCAAUGGUAUUAUCAAAUGUAGAUAUUCAGACUUUCAAGUGUCAGAGAUAAAUGAAAAUGGAGAGAUAGCAAAGCUCACAGAUAUGACACCACCUGAACCACCUGCGGAAGAGAAAAUUGAAGAGGAUGAGGAGUUAUUCCUUUCGAAAUAUAACCUGGAGAUCCUGCCAAUGGAGACUUGGGAUCGUAUCAAUACUCUAAUUGUUAAUCCACCAACAAAUGAGAAUGUUGAGGUUGAUGUGACAGGUAUGUCAAAGGAGGAAAGAACAAAAAUUCAUGAUGCAGUGAAAAAGGCAUUUGGAGCCAGCAUAGUCAGCAGUACUAUUACUAUUACCGAUAAGAAGAUUGUGAGAUUUGAGAAGUUUCAGAAAGGAGUGCGUAGAGACCACAGAGUGAAAUGGUUAUGGCCAGCGGAAUAUGUACAUUUUAUCCUACACAAGGAGAACUGUGAUACAAUGGAAGCCGCAAUGAGGAUAGCUGAGAAAUUGCAAUUAAAUAUAAAAUCAACAAUGUUGGGUUAUGCUGGCACAAAAGACCGCCGUGCGAAGACGACGCAAUGGUUCAGUCUGCGAAAAGUCGACCCCAAGAAGAUAGCAGCGGCCGGGAGAGACCUUAGAGAUAUGUAUCUCGGCAACUAUACAUUCAAAAACUAUAACCUGAAACUCGGCAUGCUUAAGGGUAAUAGGUUCCGUAUAGCGUUGCGCAACGUGGUAGCACCCGAGGAGGAGAUAGAAGAGGCGUGCUCGCAACUACGUACCCGGGGCUUCAUAAACUACUAUGGACUACAGCGCUUUGGCACCCGCGCGGACAUGCCUACCUACCAGGUUGGCCGCAGCCUGCUGCAGAGCAACUUCAGAGAGGCAAUAAACUACAUAAUACAAGAGGGGGAGGGCGCGGGCGGCGCGGGCCGUGUGCAGCGAGCCUUCGCGCACAACCCGCGCGACCUGCUCGGCGCGCUGCACCAGUUGCCGCGAAACCAGCGUAUGCUGUACCUCCACUCGUACCAGUCGCUGGUGUGGAACCGCUGCGUGUCGCGCCGCCUGCAGCAGCUCGGCGCCCGCCCCUCGCCCGGCGACCUCGUGCUGGACACCCUGCAUCCUCUGCACACCCUGCACAAGCAUCACGAAGACGAAGGUGAUUUAUCAGACGAUGAGAAAGAAAGCGACAAAACAACAGAAGAAAGUGACGAUACCACAAAAAACAAUUCCGUACAAGCUACAGAAAUCAAAGAGGAUAAAGAUAAAAGCAAAGAACAUAAUUCAGUACAGGCUACAGAAAGUACCGUACAGGCUACAGAAUUAGAAAAGAAUAAAGAUAAAAGCAAAGAACAAGGGAAAAAUCAACCAAAACCGAAGAUCCCAGUUAAAAUUCUAACGGAAGAAGAUAUAGCGAGUGGUCGAUAUACAAUAUUUGAUAUAGUGAUGCCUAUACCCGGACACAAUGUGGAAUAUCCUCCCAACAUGAAGGAAUAUUAUAAAGAGCUGGUAGAAGAAGACAAUUUGAAGUUAGAUAUGAAACAUAAAGUCAAGGCAUAUUCUCUGUCGGGCGCAUACCGGCACAUAGCAGUACGUCCCGAGCAGUUAGAGUGGCGCUGCGUGCGCUACGACCGCCCCGACUGCGACCUGCUGCUGUCCGAUCUGCAGGAGCUACGUGGACAUAACGAAACUGGCAUCGAUGAAGAUGGUAAAUUCAAGGCUUGUUUAUUGACGAUAACAUUACCGGCGAGUUCGUACGCCACUAUGGCAUUACGAGAACUUCUCAAAGUUGACACCUCGAAUGACAACCAAGCUUUACAGAACAACUAUUUUAAGACCGAGAUGGACGUUAAGAGUGAAACAGAAGAGAAUAAAGAAGAAGCUGAUAGUGUAAGGAAGCAGGAUAUAGAAGAUAAAUCUCACGAAAACGAUAUUAAUAGAGGUGAAAAGAGGAAAAUAGAAGAAGAGACGGAAGUAGAUGUUAAGAAAAAGAAAGAAGAGAUUGAGAAUGAUAAAUAA